AUGUCGCCAUUGGAAAAACUUAUAUUGAACAGCACUCAGUUUUCACCUUCUGUGAUACCAUUAAUUUUAUCCACUGUGUGGAUGGUGAAAUUUCAUUUCGUAUCGUCGAUAACAAUUGACAGUUAUGCUUCCACCACACAUAAUCGUAAUAUGCACAACGAUUUUAUUGAUUACGUCCUUAAGGAUACAAUGAAUCCCUAUGGAACUAUUACCUACUUUGUGGAGGGUCAAAUGCGCCCUAAUGAAAAGUUCAUAUAUCCAGCUAAUCACCAGGAAGCCAUGGAGAGAUUUUUCAAAUAUUAUGCCAAUCGUCAGAGGUCGAUAUGGUUUGUGGAUUGUCUAGAGUCGUAUAUAAAAUUUGAAAAAAAUCUACUGGAUAUUCAACGCGAUUUCCAUCGUAAUGGAUUUUUCUUUUUUGUUUAUACGGGCUCUGAGCCAGACCGCAUGGCCACAAUUCGCAUUAUAUUUCGACGCCUUUUUCAGAUGUAUGUCGUCAAUGCCAAUGUCAUGAUGAUGGUCAACGGAGAUGCUUAUGUCUACACUUAUCAUCCAUAUACCACACGAAAAUGUAAUUCGCCACAACCGCAGUUAUUAUUCACAUUUCGUGGCAUUGAUUCGGAUCCAAAUUAUACAAUGACGUUGCAUGUAUUCAGCAGUAAGGUGGAAAAUAUGCACGGUUGCCCUCUGAGUGUUAUGACCUCGACAUAUCCUCCAUAUGUAUUUGUCGAUAAAGACCCCUAUACGGGGAAAUUGAAAGCGCUGCGAGGUAUUGACGGUUCUCUUAUAACUUUAAUGUCCGCAAUAAUGAAUUUUACCAUUGAUGUUAAGAAACCCCCUUCGAAAGAAAUGGGUAAGAUUUUCCCGAAUGGCACCGCUACUGGAAUAGCGAAUAUGUUAAUAAAACAAGAGGCCAAUAUUACUAUAUUCGGAUUCAUCUACAGUCCUGAACGUUCUGAAAAAUUGCUACCAAGUGACAGUUAUUUAACUCUAACUUUUGUCCUGGCCAUGCCACUGGGUAGACCUAUGACACCAUUUGAACGACUCACAAAACCAUUUCGUUACAUUGUUUGGUCUUGCUUCAGUUCAAGUUUUCUCUUCGGCAUUCUUUUUAUAUAUUAUAUCAAAUUCCUGGGGAGAUCACGACUAAUGCUAUUCCUAUAUGGUCAAGGUAAUCGUAUACCCUUUACCAAUCUGCUGAGCACCUUAUUUGGAGGUGCAAUAUUCCGUCAAAUGCCACAGAGAAAUUUCGCCCGCUACAUCCUGUGCAUUUGGUUACUGCACACGUUCGUCUUGAGAUUAGCAUAUUCCGGAGAACUGUUUCAAAUUCUUCAAGAUGGUAGUGGUAAAAAUAAUUUACAAACCUUAGAAGAAAUUGCGGCUCAAAAUUAUACCAUCUACACGUCGCAUGUUAUGGAAACUGUCAUCAAAUUCGCCUUGGCUCAUGCCACUAAGCGACAGUAUGAUGAAGUAAAUACACGUGAUCGUUUACUGGAGAUAAUAAGUAAACCGGAUAGCAGAGAAAAAAUUCAUCCAACGCGGAGAGUUCGAAUUUUGAAGCAACCUAUUUUGGCAACUCCGAUAACUUUCUAUAUGCCACGUCAUAGCUAUUUGCGUUCGCGUACAAGCGGUAUCAUCCUACGUUUGGUUCAAUCAGGACUGAUACAACAUUUUGUCAAAUUUAAUGUCUAUGCCACAUCACAAGAGAAUGUACGGACAAGUGAAUAUCUGCCACUAUCGUUAAAUGUUUUAAUUGGCCUCUAUUGGGUAUGUGGAUUUUUGGCUUUUGUUUGUAUUUUAAUUUUUAGCUUAGAAAUGUUGGCGAAAAAAUGUCGCAUUCUUCGGAAGAUAAUGGAUUUUUUAAAUUUAUAA